AUGAAGUCCCUUCUUAAUGUAGUGAGAAACUCCUUUCGACGCGCUCCCUUCACGCCGCUACAGUUUCCGACGACAGGCUUUUCCGUCAUCAAGGAUCCCUUCAUCCUCGAAGAAGAACAAUUCCAUGAGUUCAAGGCCGGGAAGUACUACCCGGUAAACAUCGGGGAUGUCUUCGCUUCCCAAUACCAGGUUGUAGGGAAAAUGGGCUUUGGGACCACAUCUACUAUGUGGCUUGCCCGCAAUCUUCAGGAGCACACAUACGUGGCCCUGAAGAUUUUUAAGCGAGGAAUACAGCUACAUGAGUUCGAGAUAUACUCGCUGAUCGGGCAGGCCAAUCCUUCGCAUCCCGGCCACCGUCAUGUUCGGACGGCCGUCGACACCUUCGAGCUUCAAGGCACCGAAGGGAAUCACCACUGUCUCGUGCUGAAGCCAAUGUGGGAUAGCUGGAGAGACAUGCUCCGUCGAAAUCCCGCACAUCGAUUCAGCGAGGUGCUUUUGAAGGCAGGCUUAGCCCAGCUCUAUCCGGUGGAUAUCUGGAACGUGGGCGUCAUGAUUUGGGACCUCUUUGAAGGAAGACACCUAUUUUAUGGGGACGACCCCAAAAAGAACAAAUACACCACUCGGGCUCACCUCGCCGAGGUAGUCGCCAUGCUAGGCCCUCCACCUUUAGAUAUUGUCCAGAAAGGGAGACGGAGCAUGGAGUUCUUCACGGAAGACGGAAAAUGGAAGGCCGAUGUGGACAUUCCCCAAGAUACAUGCUUGGACAAUGCCGUGGCGCGUUAUGAAGGCGAGGAGAAGGAGAAGUUCCUCACAUUCGUUAGGGGGAUGCUUCAAUGGCGUCCCGAGGAUAGGAAGACAGCCGCGCAACUUCUCAAUGACCCCUGGCUUCAGAUCGAAUGA